AUGUCCCGGAGCCCCGAGCUGAUGGACAAAUCCAUGAAGUGCCCCCUGUGCAUGGAGCUACUGGGGAUGGACGAUGUCAACUUCUUCCCCUGCACCUGCGGCUAUCAGAUCUGCUGCUUCUGCUGGCACCGCAUCCGCACCGACGAGAACGGGCUCUGCCCCGCCUGCGAAACGACUUACCCAGAAGACCCGGCAGCGUACAAGCCAGUGUCCCCAGAGGAGCUGCAGUGGAUAAAGUAUGAGAAGAAGCAGAAACAGAUGGAGCGCAAGCAGCAGAUGAAGGAGUACAGGAAGCACCUGGGCAGCGUGCGUGUGGUGCAGAGGAACCUGGUAUUCGUAGUGGGGCUGUCCCACAGACUGGCCGAUCCAGCGGUGCUGAAGAGGCCAGAAUAUUUCGGGAAGUUUGGGAAAAUCCAGAAAGUGGUCGUCCAAAAGGGCACAUCCCAGGCUGGUCCACAGGGUUCCGGUGCCUGUGCCUACGUCACAUACAUUCGUUCUGAAGACGCACUCCAGGCGAUACAGUGCCUGAACAAUGUUGUAGUGGACGGGAGGUCACUUAAGACCUCUUUAGGAAUGACAAAGUACUGCAGCUACUUCCUGGAAAGCAUGCAGUGCCCCAAGCCAGACUGCAUGUACCAGCACAAGCUGGUCAACGAGGCUGCCAGCUUCACUAAGGAGGCGAUGCAGGUGUUAAAGCUCCAGGAGUACGAGCAGAAGCUGCUGCAGGAACCGUUCAACAUGAACCCCAGCUUAUUACAGUUGUCUGCCAUGGGGGAGACCAAGAGCAAAUCAGGCUCUUCACAAAGGUGCUGCUCAUACCUGUCUGACCACACCCAUACCUGCAUCUGCCCCGCUCCCCUUACCUGCGCACACCUGUUUGACCACACCCAUAGCUGUCUGUCCACACCCAUACCUGCCUCUGCUCCACCCCUUAACUGCACACACCUGUCUGAACACAUCCAUCCCUACCUCUGCUCCACCCCUUACCAGCACGCACAGAGCACUGUGAGCUCUGUCGGGUUCUUCAGCCACCCUGACUGUCCCUCUGUGACUGUCCCUCUGUGA